GUCAGAGGCAGUAGAAGCAUGCUUAAGAUUGCUGGGAAAAGAUGGAAUAACAAGAAGAAAUGUCUAUAUUAAUGUGAAAGGCUUAAAUUCUUCCCUUUUGGCAUUAACAGCUUUGUGUGUAGAGAUAUCAGCAUGAAUAACAUCACAAGACUACCAGAAGAUGCCUUCAAGAACUUUCCCUACUUGGAAGAGCUGCGACUGGCUGGCAAUGACCUUACUUUUAUCCAUCCAAAGGCCCUGUCCGGGUUGAAAGAGCUCAAAGUUCUAACCCUACAGAACAACCAGCUGAAGACUGUACCUAACGAGGCCAUCAGAGGAUUAAGUGGCUUGCAGUCCUUGCGUUUGGAUGCCAACCACAUCGCUGCCAUCCCAGAGCACAGCUUCCAGGGGCUCCUGCAGCUGCGCCACCUCUGGCUGGACGACAACAGCUUGACACAAGUUCCCAUCUCCCCUCUCAGCAACCUCCCCUCCCUGCAGGCUCUGACACUGGCUCUCAACAGAAUAACCCACAUUCCUGACUAUGCCUUCACAAACCUUUCCAGCCUCGUUGUUCUACAUCUUCAUAAUAAUAAAAUAAAAACUAUAGGAAAACACUGUUUUGAUGGAUUAGACAACCUCGAAACCUUGGAUUUAAAUUAUAAUAACAUGGUAGAGUUCCCUGAAGCCAUAAAAGCACUUCCAAGUCUAAAGGAGUUGGGAUUUCACAGUAACUACAUUUCUGUAAUUCCUGAUGGUGCAUUUGCAGGAAACCCCCUUCUAAGAACGAUACAUUUGUAUGAUAAUCCUUUGUCUUUUGUGGGGAACUCAGCAUUUCAGAAUCUGUCAGAUCUGCAUUCCCUGGUCAUUCGGGGUGCCAGCAUGGUGCAGUGGUUUCCUAAUUUGACAGGAACCAUAAAUCUGGAGAGCUUAACUCUUACAGGGACCAAGAUAAACAGUAUUCCUGUUAAUUUAUGCCAAGAGCAAAAGGUGCUUCGAACUUUGGACUUGUCUUAUAACAAUAUAAAGGACCUCCCAAGUUUUAAGGGCUGCCACACCUUGGAAGAAAUUUCCUUGCAGCAUAAUCAAAUCCAUGAAAUUGCAGAGGACACCUUCCAAGGACUGUCCUCCCUUCGUGUCCUGGACCUCAGUAGAAAUCGGAUCCAUCAGAUCCACAAGGGAGCUUUCGUCACUGUUGGAGCUCUUCUCAACCUAGACCUAAGUUUCAAUGAGCUCAGUUCAGUUCCAGCUGAAGGAUUGAGUGGACUGAACCAGCUUAAACUCACAGGCAAUUCUGAGUUGAAAGAAGCUUUGCCAGCAAAGAACUUUGCAAAACUCCGGUCGCUCUCUGUACCAUAUGCUUAUCAGUGCUGUGCAUUUUGGGGUUGUGAUUCUUAUCUUAACUCUAAUGCUGAAGAUUCCAGCCACCCAGAUCAAGGUGCCUUGAUGGAUCAUGAGAAGGCUAAUGCAGAUAUUACAAGAAAUGCAAAAAAUGAGGAAUUGGGACAGACUAUUAUUCACUGUACACCAGCAACAGGUGCUUUUAAGCCUUGUGAAUAUUUAUUGGGCAGCUGGAUGAUCCGCCUUACUGUCUGGUUUAUUUUUUUGGUGGCUUUGGUCUUCAACCUGCUUGUCAUGUUAACAAUAUUUGCAUCCUGUACUACAUUGCCAACUUCCAAACUGUUUAUAAGCUUGAUUUCUGUCUCUAACUUAUUUAUGGGAGUUUACACUGGUAUUUUAACUUUCUUGGAUGCUGUAUCUUGGGGAAGAUUUGCUGAGUUUGGCAUAUGGUGGGAGACUGGCAGUGGCUGCAGAAUUGCUGGCUUUCUUGCAGUUUUUUCAUCAGAAAGUGCCAUUUUUUUCCUGAUGUUGGCAGCUGUUGAACGGAGCUUCUCUGCAAAGGAGUUCAUUAAAAAGGGGAAGAGCAACCGCCAGAAGCAGUUCCAGAUCGCGGCGUUUUUUGCUUUCCUUUGCGCUCUCGUGGCGGGAUGCUUACCGCUUUUUUAUAAAGCAGAAUACUCAGCAUCACCCCUUUGCUUGCCCUUCCCCACUGGAGAAACACCUUUGCUGGGUUUCACGGUGACUUUAGUGCUACUGAAUUCAUUAGCGUUUCUGCUGAUGGCUAUUAUCUACACUAAACUCUAUUGCAACUUGGAAAAAGAGGAUCUCUCCGAAAACUCCCAGUCCAGCACGAUUAAGCAUGUUGCUUGGCUAAUCUUCACGAACUGCAUCUUUUUCUGUCCUGUCGCCUUCUUCUCGUUCGCGCCGCUGAUCACCGCGAUCUCCAUCAGCCCCGAAAUCAUGAAGUCCGUCACUUUGAUAUUUUUCCCGCUGCCCGCCUGCCUGAACCCGGUGCUGUACGUGUUCUUCAACCCCAAGUUCAAGGAGGACUGGCAGCUGCUGAGGCGGCGGCUGGGCAGGAAGAAGGGCGCGGCGGCGCCGGCCGGCGCUCAGGGCGGCCUCCCCCCCGCGGCCCGCGGCCGCCCGCUCAAGUGGCACAGCUGCCCCGCGCUGGCGGCGCGCUGCCCGCCGCCCGAGGGCUGCUGCCCGGACUGCGCCGACGAGGACGACUCCUUCGUGUCGGACAGCUCGGAGCAGGUGCAGGCCUGCGGCCGCGCCUGCUUCUCCCAGAGCAGGGGCUUCCCCCUGGUGCGCUACGCCUACAGCCCCCCCAGGGCCAGGGACUGACGCCUCUGCCUCCCCUGCCCCUCGCCUUUCCAGCAGCAAGCGCUUCUGCCGUCGUUCCUCCGUCUCCUUCGCAGAGAAGGGAAGCGGGCAGUAACUUCUUGAGCCAUACGCUUUGAAACAAUUAAAUAAAUCAAUUGCCCUGACUGUAAAUAAUUGGUAAACCAAAAUUGUUACCCAAUAUUUUUACUCUUUUCACGCAAUAGAGGUUUCUUUUAUACGGUUUUUACAUUGCAGUUGUACUUUGCUUCUUCUGGUGGUGAGGUAAGUUCUGUUGAUUUAUGGUUCUUUUUCCCCCCCCGUGAAAGCACAAUAUAAAGGACAGCUGUUUAAUAUUACAGAAAUUAUUUUUAAAUGUGUCUUUUUUAUAAUUAAACAAAAAAAAUCUAUUGCUAGCUUUGUAUACUAUAUCCAGCAUUGAAUCUCAGGAUGCGUUUUAUUGCAGGGCCAAAAAAGGGAUUAAUUCUCCCAUACGUAACUGUGACAGCAAUAUCAGAAUACUGUGUUUGUUUCAUAUUUCAGCUGAUGUUCAAUUGUUUUUAAAAAGGUUUGUUGCAGUAAAGUACUUGUAAUCCGCAAUAUUCUGUAGAUUUAUUGUAAUAAGAAUAUUAACAGCUGUCAGGAACAGUAGGGUUAAGCACAUUUUCCAGUGCUGAUGCAUUACUUCAGGUGAACCACAGCAAGUUUCUUCAGUAUUAUGCAGUCCAGUCGCACCAUGGGAAGGUGUCAGUGUGUUGGGGUGUUAGCAGAGCUGUCACUGUGUGCAGCUCAUGUCUUUGCGGUAAGACUGGCUGAUACUCUGCAGCCUGUUGGAAGUUACAGCACUUCAGUAAUAGCUAUGGGUAGACUGAGAGUUUAGGAAAUGGAGGGAAAAUGCAAGGCAAUUUGGAAGUAAAAAAGAAAACAUUUUUUCCGGUUACUUUAUUGACAAUGAAGUAUACUGUGCAAAGUCACUGAUUUUCACAUAAAUCAGUGCAGUCUUUUUAAAGCAUUAAAGUUCUGAGACUCAAAUUAUUUAAGUACAACCAGUGAUCAAUUUUUUAUAUUUAGCUGGAAAUAUGAUCAAUACCAAGUUAAUAAUGCAUGAUUGAGGAAUUAAGUAAGGUUUUUGGACAAUACACGAGAUCAAGAGUAAAUCCACUGCCAUCCCAGUUACUCUGGAGAAAUUCUUGUUAAGAUGUAAAGCUAGAUUGCUGUUUUGAGAAUUAAACUGUAUAUACUGUUCAUACAAUGAAUUUUUAUCUUUGUAUUGUAAGUUAUUUGAUAGAACCCAUGAUGGGAAAUGUGGCUUCAGUUCAUUUUGUUAAUUAAAGCUACCUCCUAAACAAUAGUGGCUGCCAGUAGCAGAAUGUUUAAAAUGUGGUUUAUGUACUUUUUUCAUUGUAAAUAGAUGUGGUUGUAUAUUUUCACUAUAAUAAAAACAGGAUCCUUGUAUAUCAAAGUCAUGUAGUUUGUACAAAGUAUGGGAGGAAUAUUUACUGUAUGCUGUUAAUUUUGUAAACCAAAAUAUUCAAGUGUAAAAAGGGAAAAAAACCAUCCAAGAGCUGUUAAUUCUUAUAUUUACACUCACAAAUAUUAGAUCUGCAAUUAGCAUGGAAUGUUACACUGAAAGCAAAUAAAG